UGUUGGGGAGCAGUCGUGUCCAGAAAAGGAGGAUUAGAUUCAGCACAGGUACACCAAACGGUACCUCGUUUAUUCAUAUAUCAGGGCUGUCUAUCAAAGGGGACACUCGCUUGUCCAUCACACGCACACAAUGUCGUCAGAAAACCUGGACUCGGACACUCAGGUGGACUACGAGGACGAAAAACAGGACUCCCAGGAAAAGAAUGCGAACCCGGUGAAGGCAGAGGAGGCCAAGCUGAAGUCCAAAUACCCCGGCCUGGGCCAGAAGCCCGGCGGCUCAGAUUUCCUGAUGAAGAGACUACACAGAGGGACAAAGUACUUCGACUCGGGCGACUACAACAUGGCCAAGGCCAACAUGAAGAAGCCUCCUGUCGCGGGGCCCGACAAGAACCUGGUGACUGGCGACCACAUUCCCACGCCGCAGGACCUGCCCCGGAGGAAGCCCUCCUUGGUGACCAGCAAGCUAGCCGGCUAGCCUCCAUCACCCCAGAAGCACCCUCACCCCCCCUGGGGCUCCCGGCAAACUUCCCUCACCCGUGUCCCCGAUAUGUCCACCCCCUCCCCUGUCCUCCCUUUUCAUCCCCAGGCACCACUGGCUUUAACAUGUCGGGCAGAGCUGUAUCAGUUCAAACUCCAUUUGCUUGUCUGUGGGUGGGCGGGAUGGAGGUUCAGGCGCCCUGUGAGGUUGCAGCCCUCUCUGCCUUCCCACUAUGCGCAGCUCUGCCCCCCCCCCUCCCCCCAGCGCACUCUGCUCUGCCGCCUCCCUUAUGUCUUGGUUUUUCGGUGUUCCAAGAUGCAUCACAGUAGGUGUGUCAGCGGGCGGGGGUUGGAUGGGGUGAGUUAAUGCACUUUGUAGACUGUAUAGUAUGCUUUGUUCUUUUUUUGCAUCCUAAAUGACACCAAAUUGAUGUGUGUGAGGGAGUUAGGAACCAUGGUCGCAGCGUGAUCUUUUUGUUCCCUAUCCGUGCCGGUGGCUGGCGUCAGCGGGUGGGGGGAGGCUGGGUCGGAAGAUGGAUGUGAAUAAUUGCUUGCGUACCAAAUCUGUGAGGGGCAGCUGCUUCUUUAGCGCUCACCGACACCUCGUCGGGAACUAAACGGAGGCUUUCUUUCAUCUCAGCCACUUUUCGUCGAACAAACCCCCCCCCCCGAGGUCAUCCGCUGCAGCUCAGCCCUCCUUCUCAUGUUUCAUGUUGCUUUAAUUCCUGACUCCCUUUGCUCCUCUCCUCUCUAAAUAUGCUGCAUGAUUGUAACAAAAAACUGAAAUUUAACAUGUUUUUUUUUUUUUUUUUAACGGGAGAGGGGCUUCUUAGUGAAAGGUCAAAUCAAAACAAACCCACAAAGCUCUGAAAACGCCGCAGUCCCUUCCUUCCUUCCUUUCCUUUUUGCUGUCCCGACAAUCCAUGUGCACACGCUCCUGUUAGCGGCUCAGGGCGAGAGCCAGCUCAGUAUAUCCUUGCAUUAUUUCGAAUGGCUGGGAACUUGCCAAUCUGAGUACAGUCUUAGUUUGGUUGCCGUUGAGUUGCAUCAAGACGUGUGUUUACUACGAGCCUAAAAGAUUUGUGGGGGUACUGAAGCACCCUACAUAGAGUAUAUGCUUUUGUAAAUAAUACAUAAACAAGCACGUAAUUCGUGAUAAGCUUGGCGCUUUGAAGAGCAGACAAGCUCACAUGCCUGAGAGGAAUGGUAGUGCUAAACCGACUCACUUGGGAUUACAUCCUGGGAUUUCUGGCUUGGAAACUCUAUGCUUUACCCACUGAGCCAAAUGUCACGCUGCAGCUCUCAGCCUUUAGAGAGCGUCGGCAGCCUCGUCUCUCCAGUGUGACUGUUAGCAUCUUGUCGUCUGGCUCACAUUGCGAUGUGACGAGGCAGACCGCAGCCCGAGCUGCUGCGGGUCACAUUGUGUUUGGAUACCAAUGGAAAAAUUAUGUGACCACCAUCCAGACGUUUUCCCGUCAUCUUUGAAUUUCACAAAUACAAGCACCCCUAAAAGUUAACCUUUCACACCCAAACAUACGUAGUUUGACUAGACUGCAGUAUCUGAUCACAAAUGUCCCGCUGAAAAGACAAAAAUAAACAGAUUCAUAGAAUCACAGCUGUGUCCUGCAGCGGCACAUGUGCUGUGAAAAUAGAUUUCAGACAUUUGGGAGAGACAUAAACAAUUAUUCGUAUUCAAGCUGCUUGUUGAAGCUGAACAAGGAUGCUAUUUGCUCAUUUUUUGUUUACUUUUCCUCAUAUUUCAGAAUAUAUAUUGCAGUCAGACAUAGUGGUUCCAUCCACAUCUUGGCCUCUUUAGCAAAACACUAACUUAAGUGCAGAAUACUUUGCUUCCUGUAAACAUUGGCUGCAGAAUAGAUCUGCUUCUGUGGCCAGCGCUCUGCAGAAUAAAGAGUUUUCCUCCUGAACUGACACACUAUAGACUGACCUUUGACCUCAGGGGCGUCCGAGAGUAAACAGCAGGCAACCUGGUAACAACAGGUGUCAGCUCCGCUCCCAAGAUCGUCAUCGCGGGCUUAAAGUGGGACACUGCAUGCCUUCAGGAUGUACUCACUCCAACUCUUGGCAAAGCAGAGAGAGAUUUUCUAACACAGGCUGAGGGGGCAAAGUGUGAGCGCGCGCUCUGCGCUCUCAUCUGCUAACGUGGUUCAACCUCUGAGAGAGGUGAAUCGACAAACGUGCAGACUUAUAAUGCGUGCCGCUCGCACAUUCAAGAAUCUGAACUGGAUGCCGGGCGGCGCUCACCGAGAAUCGGCCUCCGUGUAUGACACUGCUUCAGGGAACCUUCACAAAACGCACACUCCACCACGUAGGCUAGGUGACAGGGUGCAUGCACCAUCACAUCCUCAACCUCACUUCUUCUCAUUAAGACUUUAAAAAGUGUCAAAUCGGCAGUGGGCGAGAGAGAACCGACCUGUACGCGUGUGCUCGUUGUGGUGUUGUAUGAAUGCACUGCUUUUCUCUGUUCCAGCCAUCAUUGUAAAUAGACUUCGACAGGAAGGGAUUUUUUGUGUUGUUUCCCACCUGCUUUUCACUCUUUCAUAGCCUGAGCUAUUUUCUGAUUCAGUGGUUCCUCUCUCCUUUCAGUCGAACACUACUUCUGCUCUGUCUUAGUGAACUGCAGAGGCUAUGUGAAUCUGUAUCAUAUGAAAAUAAUGUGUAAAUGCUGCUGAUUCAGUCAAUGACAAAUCUAAGAGUUGAUACCCUGUAAAGAACACCCGUCCUCUCGAUUCUACCAGUCCGACUCUCCUCUCCAAGCGAAUCUCUGUCUCAGAGUCAUUUAGCUCCUGUGGCAAAAUCCAUUCAGUUGAGAAACCUCGUUGUAAAUUCGACCACUAAAUUUUAAAUUGUUGAAUUUGAUCGUACAGAGCCGGAAACACUUUGGUUUGACACAAACAGACCGUUUAGCAUCAUGUUGUGUUUGAAAGGCGACAGUUUAGUGCUGCAAAAAGUAAAGAUCGAUAAAAGAAAUGGGCGAAAGAGCGGAAAGUGGACAGGAGUUCUUGAAUGCUACUUGAUGUUUGGCUUUGCACAGAGCGGUUCGAUGAGAGGUUAAAAAAAGCAGGGUAUGUUUCAGACCCGACACACAGGGUGUCUCUCGUUCAGCUAUAUAAACACGUGCCAGAAUGUAUAAAGAAAUGACAGGCUGUGUGCUCUGAAGUACUUUUGUGCUGCUUUUACCUGAUCUCUUUUCUUGUUGUUUUGCAAGUAAAUGUUUCUUUUUGGUUUUUUUGUUUUUUUUUUCUUGUGUUCUCUUACUGCAUAGUUAGUAUUUUCCAUCCUGGCCCGAGAUAACUGCAGGGAAAUCAGAGGCACCCUUGCUUCCAAGAAAAAAAAAUCUAAGGGUUUACAUGAUAAAGAGGAUGACUGGAGAUCACAGGAAUGAUUUUAAGACUUCAGAAAGUACAGGAGUACUUGGAAUGUUUCAGUUGUAUGGGAGUAGGUAUGAGGAUUUUUGUCAGUAUUUGAAAUAAACUUUUACAUUAAUAAGAUUA